AUGGCGACAACUCGGCUAACUCUCAUUCUUUUCGUUUCCUUCGCCGUAAUAGUCCCAAGCCUCCGGGCCCAUAUUGCUGAAUUCGACACAUUUUGGCAGCAUAAAUCUGAGGAAGCGAAGAAGGAUGCCCUCAAGGCCUACCAACCAAACCCCGAAGAAAUCACCGAGCAACUCAACUCCCGUGUUAAUGAGGCCUUGGAGGGGACCAACAGCACAAGGAGGCACCUAAGGAAAUACUCAGGCAAGUGCUUAGCUACAAACCCUAUUGACCGGUGCUGGCGGUGCCGAAAAAAUUGGGCUAAGAAUCGCAAGAGGUUGGCAAAAUGUGUCCUCGGGUUUGGCCGCAAGACUACUGGUGGGCAGCGAGGAAAAUACUACAUUGUCACUGAUCCCUCAGAUAACUACAUGGUGAACCCAAAAUCGGGGACUCUCCGCCAUGCCAUGAUCCAGAAGAAGCCCUUGUGGAUCAUAUUCGCACACAACAUGGUCAUCAAGCUUUCUGAAGAGUUGUUGGUGACCUCGCAUAAGACCAUCGACGCGCGUGGCGCCAACGUCCACAUUGCAUAUGGUGCCGGCAUUUCCAUACAGUUCGCGAAGAAUGUGAUUAUUCAUGGGCUACACAUCCACGACAUUGUUUCAUCUGGCGGUGGCAUGAUUAGGGACUCCGUGGACCAUGUUGGGAUUCGAACGAGGAGUGAUGGAGAUGGGAUUUCUAUCUUCGGAUCGACAAACGUUUGGCUUGAUCAUCUUUCUAUGUCCAAUUGCCAGGAUGGUCUUAUUGAUGUCAUUCAAGGGUCCACGGCCAUCACCAUCUCAAACGGCCACUUCACCCGUCAUAAUGAUGUGAUGCUGUUUGGCGCAAGUGACACGUAUGCCGGCGAUUCUAUAAUGCAAAUCACAGUGGCAUUCAACCAUUUCGGAAGGGGGUUGGUGCAAAGGAUGCCAAGAUGUAGAUGGGGUUUCGUCCAUGUGGUUAACAAUGACUACACUCACUGGCUUAUGUAUGCCAUUGGAGGUAGCCAACAUCCCACUAUUAUAAGCGAGGGAAACCGGUUUAUAGCUCCACCCGACCUUGCCGCAAAGGAGGUGACAAAGAGGGACUAUGCCCAAGAGAGCGUAUGGAAGAGCUGGACGUGGAGAUCAAAAGGAGAUCUUAUGAUGAACGGAGCAUUCUUUGUUGAAUCUGGAAACCCUAGCAAGAGUAAGCCAUUUGGCAGGCUGGACAUGAUCAAGGCGAAGCCCGGGACAUUCGUCGCUAGGCUGACACGCUUUUCAGGUUCACUCAACUGCAAGCUCCGCCGACCUUGUUAG